UGGAAAUUUUCCCUUCCAAAAAUAAAACCCCAUGGCGUUUUCAAAAACCCUUGGUAGUGAACGAGUCAAAAUGUCUAUAGCAACUCGCCACCUGUUCCGCCGUUCACCGGCGUUCCUAAACCAUUGCCGGAGUUACUCUUCCACCUCCGGCACCACUAGUCACAUCGAUCACCACCGCAAUCACGAAUUCCUUUCUCCGAGCGAUUACAUUGGGUCAUGGAAACCUCCGAAGGAUCCCAAAGAAGCUCAGUCGCAGCUCGCCCGUCUCCGCCGUGAGUAUGCGCUGAAGGUUAAAGCAGUUCGCAAGGAAUACAUCCGCGAAGUGGAGUUCCUGAAGCUCGAGAAGCAAAAGAAGGAUUCGGCUAGAAAGGAAGCUCUGAGGAUUGCAAAUGAAGAGCGGAAAGCGGCUAAAGAUGCAGAGAAGGCGGCCAAAGCCAAGGAAAGAGAAGUGGCUGCAGAAGAAUUCCGACAAACCCUUUUAAAAGAAAGGGCUGAGAAACUUGAAUACUGGAGGAAGAGAACUCAAAAAUUUGAGGAGAAGAAAAAGCAGAAGAAGGAGCUGUUGCACCGUCAGAGUUCUUUGUGGGUCAGUGAAUCUGAAUUGGAGAAAAAAGCACUGGAAGCAAUCGUUGAUAGUACACCUCUUUAAGUUUUUAAGUUGGCCAGUAUCCUAGUUGAGGAUUUUCUUGGAUGCUUAGGAAAUCAGGAUUGCAGACAUUGGAUCUGUUGUAUAUUGACUGCCGGCGCAUCUUACAGUCAAAGGGAGGGGGCGGCGGCAUGCUACUUUCUUUUGCUUCUUACUUUUCGAAAAUGUGCAAGAAAGAAUUCUAGUUCCGGAAUUCUGCCACAAGAAUUGUUCGUUGUGUGGCGGUAACUUGCAUCAGUUAUUAGCUUUAAUCAAAUUUAUCGGAGGGGAUUUUUCUGGCCUUGCAUACAUUUCGUGCAAUAUUCUUUGUUUGCACGAAAAAAUGAACUGUUGUUUGGUAUGAAUUCUAUAAUAACUGCCCUUCCGUCCAUAGUUUUUUCCA